CAAACAGAGCGGCGCUAUGAACGAACAGAAAUGGAUACAGACGUUAACUCGAUUUCAGGCUCAAUGUCGUGGUUCUGUGAUGAGGAAAGGUCUGAGUUUGGUUCAGACUCAGUUUGAAGAGAUAGUGCAAGAGACCGAUGGAGGAUUGGAUCACCUGCAGUGGAGAGGAAACAUCAUUCCCAGACCUCACUUCACUGACACUGAAAGCCUAUUGCUGCAGUAUGAACGGUCCAGGUUUCGGUCCCAUGACCUUCUGGGUGAUUCAGGGAGGGAACAGAAGACAGAGAAUGAUGGCAGUGAGAAAUCUCUCUCACAGUCUGAAAUCCAGGUCCCAGAGAAAGACGAAGCUACUGAAACAGCCAGCAGAGACACUUCCACAUCUGUGGAGAGAGGACAGAAUGUGGUCAUAAGAAACCUGAUGGACGAUUCUACUGCACUUUGCAGUAUCGUGAAUUCAGAUGUCAGCCUCGGUGGCUUAUUUCAGACAGGACCAAAUUUGCAUUCAGUUUUUAAAGAGACCGCACAUACUCCUGACUCUCUGAAGCAGCAGAGGAGCACUUUAGCCAUGGAGUUGCUGUGGAUCCAACAAGCCAUCAGUAGCAGAAAGAAAUAUCUUACACUUAAACAGAGAAUGGAUGUGCCACACUGAUACUGGACCAGUUCUGAAGCUGUAUUAUUAUUAUUCUAUCAUUUACAGCACAUAAUGUUUGAGAAUUGUUGUAAAUUGUAUUUAUUUAUGAGCUUGUGUAGUCCACAGGUUUGUGUUAAACAAGAUUUUUAUUUUUGUAUGUACGGUAUUUCAGAAAUAAAUAUAUGCACAUGCA